AGGCGGGUACAAAGAUGAGCAGCGAUUGGUGGAAGGCGGCGUGGUCGCACGCACUCCCGGCAGCUGAAGAAAAAACCCAGACAGGUUGACCAGCUCCUAAGAACCUAUUGACGGAACCGAGCCCGCCAAGACGAGGUCCCUCCGAAGAGUGCGUGGUUCACUUCCGGGCCGGCUGAAUCAAGCGUGUGGGUGACUUCCGGCAGCAGCUAGCAUGGUGCAGCCGGUUCCGCACAUCAAGCGACCCAUGAACGCCUUCAUGGUGUGGUCCAAAAUGGAGCGCAGGAAGAUCAUGGAAGAGUCGCCAGAAGUUCACAACGCUGAGAUCUCCAAGCGGCUCGGAAAGCGCUGGAAGACGCUGGGAGAGUCAGAGAAAGUUCCGUUCGUCCGCGAGGCAGAACGUCUCCGCCUCCAGCACAUGGCCGACCACCCGGACUACAAGUACCGACCGAAGAAGAAGACCAAGAUUGACGAGACCGACAAGAUGAGCAGAACAGCCAGCAAGCCCAAAAGGGCGAAGCCGCUGCUCGGUUCCGACAGACGAAACCAGCGCGCCGACCCGCCUUACCGCUACGUGCUUAAACGGGACUUCAGCGACUCGGAGGACGACUCUGACGACGAACUGGGCCGCUACCGCAGUCUCAGUCUGGUUUCUGCUGCCACAGAACCGGAAGAGUCGAGUCGACUCUUCUACAGUUUCAAGAACAUCACUCGUCAGGCCACCGGAACUUUCUCCCCCGACUCCUCAUCCCGGUCCAGUUCUUCCUGCUGCGGGGAUGACCUGGACCAGGACCUCCCCGUCGAGGGGGCUGACUUCCCGGCCAGUCUCCACUCCUCAGAACCGGCGAAUCUGAACCUGUCUCUAGUGGACAAGGACUUGGACCUGAGUGGCACCGAGCGGGGCCGAGGGUCCCACUUCGAGUUCCCAGACCACUGCAGCCCCGAACUGAGCGAGCUGAUCACCGGCGACUUCUCAGACCUGGUCUUCACUUGCUGAGCUAAACUUGACGUCAUCGUCGAACCUAAACUAGACUUUUAUUUGAAGAAAUAUUCUAUUUUUGUAGUUUUUCACGUCAGCUGACUUGUGUUAAGAAGUGACACACUUUUGAGUUCUGCUUCUUGUUUUUGUGCAAUAAGUGACGUCAUUGACUGAAUAAAUCGGCUCAACUCAC